GUCCUCUUCCCUCCUCACCAUCACAAUGGCCGAGCACUCUCACGCGCACGGCGGGCACUCGCACUCUGACGCCCUCAGCCACGGCCACGGCCACGGCCACUCCCACGGACACGCCCACGGCCACGCCCACGGACACGCCCACGACUUCUGGGACGGCGCAGCCUACCUCUCCCGCCCCGGCGUCCAAGAGACCGCAUCCAUCAACGCCGCGAACCUCGAGUCCGCCCUUUCGGCCCUCUCGCACAUUCACACAGACUUCAAACCCUCAAACUUCCCCAACCUCUCACUGAUCGAAGUCGGCGCGGGCCCGGGGGCCGUGACAGCGCACCUCGCGCCGGUCUUCGGGACCGUGUACGCGACCGAGCUGAGCGCCAACAUGCUGUCCGCGUUCGCCGCGCAGCCCGUCGCGCAGCGCCCGAACGUCUCUUACGGCUUGGUUGGGCUGGGGCCGGGGUCCAAAGCGGAUUUCGAGGGCGGGAAGGCGUUCCCGGCACCCACGGAGGCCGAGCCGGACCGCACGGCGGCGCCGCCCGUGAAGAGCUUUGAUGUCGCGGCUGUCAAUCUUGUCCUGCACCAUGUUGAUGAUGUGCAUGCGUUUAUGGAGGGCGUGAAGGGCGUGCUGAGGCCUGGAGGCGCGGUCAUUAUUACCGAGUUCACGCUCGCGGAAGAUGGGACGGAUGUAGUGGCGAAGAACCGCGCGAUGAAGGCUGAGAGGGAACAUAACGCAGCCGCCGAAGCUACAGGCUCCGUCAACGCCCCGGGACACCACCACGACACCUUCUCCCUCGAGUCGAUUCAGAAGAUGCUCACGCACUUCGGGUUCACCCAUGUCGGGGCUGCGCGUGGUCCCAUGCUCCCAGUGUUUGGGCCUGACAUGGACCCCGUGCCGGGCAUGUAUGCCUACGGGCUGGCGCCGUAGAAAAUGGGACCCGCAGAGGCAAUCAGAAGUAUCUUACUAGCCGUCUACGAUGUAGUCAUCUACGGCUAAGCGGCAAAGUCAAGUAAAGCCGCAGACUACACCCCCACACCGCCGGGUAUCAAACGAUGCAUGGCGACGAGACGGAUUAGGCCAGAUAUACACAUUACAACAC